AUGUCUCGGCCCCUGGUCAGCAUCGACCGUCUCACCCCCCGUCGCGCCACUGCCGAACCUCGAGAGUCCAUGAACUGCAAGUCCUGUCGAAAGAGGAAGAUCAAAUGCAAUCGAUUACGGCCCAGCUGUGAAGCCUGCAAGGUGUUCCAGUGCCCGUGUAUCUACGAUGCUGUGCCUAAAAAACGAGGCCCCAAAACGGACGUCCUCGAAGCCCUGCUGAAACGCGUUGAUGGGCUCGAGAAACGACUGCAGGAUGACAAUCUUCCUGUCUCGUCCACCUCGUCGUCCACCCCCUCCGUCGCCCUGUCAUUGCCUCCAGAUCCGGCUCCUGCACCGCUCCCGUCGACGGUUCUCGCCCCCAACCCCAGUCGGCUACCGCUCUCCAUGCUCGAUGCCUAUUUUGCGCGUCUUCAUGGGAAACCGUAUCUCAUUUUGGACGAGGCGGGGACUCGUCAGCGGCACCAAUGCGAACAAUUGCCGCCCGCGCUGUCCAUGGCGAUUUACGCUAUCACCCUGCGAUACACCUCCCCUAAUUCUCCUUCUCCCCAGAGCCUGGAGGUCGCGCGACAGGCGCGACCCCUGGUCGACAUCGAUACGCCAUCCAUCGAAGGGUUGCAGACCCUCUUGCUCCUAUCCCAGGCCUUUUUCGCACAUGGCUAUGGCAGGAAGGCUUACAUGACGUUAACGAACGCCGUGGCCAUGGCCCUAGUCCUAGAUCUGUACCGUGAAAUGCCCUCGUCCGCACCCCUACCAGCGCCGGAACGAGAAAUGCGACGCCGUCUGUUCUGGACCGUCUACAUCAUGGAUCGGUUUCUCACCUGUGGUUCGAAGCGGCCGUGUCUCAUCGCCGAUCACUCGAUCGUGCUGCGCCUGCCCGCGACGGGUUCCGAAGCCGGAGAAUUGUUCCACCCUGUCGGCCCCAACAUCCAGUAUGCGUCCGAGUCGUCCCGUCGGAAAGGGCCCGGCGCACCAACCCUGCUGGUCGACAUCACCCGCAUUCUGGGCGUCACUCACCGGUACUUAGCCGCGGGUGGCGUCAAGGGGGAUUCGCAUUUUCCCUGGCAUUCGCUGUCCAACCUGUCCAAGAUCCGCCAGGAGCUCGACGUUUGGGCGGCGGGCACGCAGGACCUGUUCGUGUCGAUCGAAGCGCUGUUCGGCCAUCCCGAGAGCACCAUGCUGCUCCUGAGCAAGCUCAUCUACCACCUGGUGCACUGUCUGCUGUACCGACCGUUCCUCCCCAUCGACCUGGUUGAGCUGCGCGGGUCGGGGCAGCAUCAGUCGUGGCAGAUCGAGGCCACGACGCUGUGCUUUUCGCACGCCAACGCCAUCGCGGAGCUGGUCGAGCUGGCGCGACACGCGCCGCGCAUGGAGUGGCCGGAGUUGGUGGCCUACUGCGUGUGCACGGCGGGCACCGUUCACGUCCACGGGGUGCACUACCACGGGGACGAAGGCGAGGUUUUUGCUGCGAGCGCGGAAUUUCUGGUGCGCGAGAUGCAGCAGCUGGCAUGGUUGCGUCGGUCGUGGGCGGGCGUGCAGCACCAGCGCGAGACGUUGCAGACGAUUUCGGGCGCUCAUGCGGAACUGGUGCGCACGCUGGCGACGCGACCGGUGCGGUUUGCCCCGGUCUUCCAUCUCGAGGAUUUCCUCGAUCGCUACCCGGGACUGGCGGUGGAGGGGGGGCAUGUGCGAAUGGUGGAGGGGAUCUUCGACCGACCAGAUUUCUCCGACCCCCGACUGUAUUCCGGUAUGCCCUCGGCCACGCCGACCCUGCCGUCGCAGUCAUCACGAUCCAAUGUAACCGGCUUCCCGUCGGCCUCGUGGCAGGCCAACCUGAGUGUACCGGAUGGAAGCGCGUUGGGAUUCUCGUCCGGGGUGUCCUCGGCAUUCCUGGCGUUGCCGUUUCCCGGCCCGGGGACAGGGACAGCACCGGCCCCAGCACCGGCCCCAGUACCACCGCAAUAUGCGACGUUCCCGUUUGAAGCCGGGACGGCGCUGACUCCGGGCGGACAGUCGCAGGGCAGCAGCGGAUCGACGGCGGGGACGGGCGGAGCGGGAACGGGGGCGGAACACGAGGCAGACCCGUUUCUUAGUCUGUUGGAGCAAUUGGCGGAGAAUGAGCAUUCGCAAGGGGGGCCUAGAGAGUUGGAUUUUUUCCUGGAGGGAUUGGAGAAGGAGUGA